CCAAGAUUCCAAUAUAAAGCGUUUGAGCGGCAGCAGCCUGCUCCAGUCUCUCUCCGCUGCUCGCUAGUUUACAUUAAACCUUUUAUCAGCUAACUUAUAUUUUAUUGAUCUGUCCUUAUAUUUUAUUGAUCUGUCCGCGUGAACCAGCAGACCAACAUGCUCUCUACUCGCUCUGCUCUCUCCGUGAAGAACCAGCAGUCCCUCAGCAGAGACAUCAGCAACAUGUCGCUGGACAAAGAGAACACGCCGCCCAGUCUCAACCCGACCCGGGUCCUGGCGACCAAAACCGCCCGGAACAUCUUCUCCUCUCCGGAGGUGAAGAAGAGCAGCAGCAGGGAGGAAGAGGAGGAGCCGCUGCUGAAGGAAAACCCUCGACGCUUCGUCAUCUUCCCCAUCCAGUACCACGACAUCUGGAACAUGUACAAGAAGGCCGAGGCCUCUUUCUGGACCGCCGAGGAGGUGGACCUGUCCAAGGACCUGCAGCACUGGGAGUCCCUGAAGGACGAGGAGCGGUUCUUCAUCUCUCACGUUCUGGCGUUCUUCGCCGCCAGCGACGGCAUCGUUAACGAGAACCUGGUGGAGCGCUUCACACAGGAAGUCCAGGUGACGGAGGCCAGGUGUUUCUACGGCUUCCAGAUCGCCAUGGAGAACAUCCACUCAGAGAUGUACAGCCUCCUCAUCAACUCCUACAUCAAGGAGCCCAAAGAGAGAGAAUACCUGUUCAACGCCAUCGAGACUCUGCCGUGUGUGAAGAAGAAGGCCGACUGGGCCAUCAACUGGAUCGGCAACAAGAGCGCCAACUACGGAGAGCGAGUUGUGGCCUUCGCCGCCGUGGAGGGAAUCUUCUUCUCUGGUUCCUUCGCUGCGAUCUUCUGGCUGAAGAAGAGAGGCCUGAUGCCCGGCCUGACCUUCUCCAACGAGCUCAUCAGCAGAGACGAGGGUCUCCACUGUGACUUUGCCUGUCUGAUGUUUAAACACCUGGUGAACAAACCGUCGGCAGAAACCGUCACCAAGAUCAUCAAGAACGCCGUGGAGAUCGAGCAGGAGUUCUUGACGGAGGCUCUGCCGGUGAAGCUGAUCGGGAUGAACGGGGACCUGAUGAAGCAGUACAUCGAGUUCGUAGCCGACAGACUGAUGCUGGAGCUGGGCUUCACCAAGAUCUACCGGGUGGAGAACCCCUUCGACUUCAUGGAGAACAUCUCUCUGGAGGGGAAGACCAACUUCUUUGAGAAGAGAGUGGGAGAGUACCAGAGGAUGGGCGUGAUGUCAGGACCCUCAGACAACACCUUCAGGCUGGACGCUGACUUCUGAGAGGAACCACAUCUGGUUCAAACUGGUUUAAUCUGGUUCAAACUGGUUUAAUCUGGUUUAAACUGGUUUCUGUUGGACUCACGAUGAGAACUGGAUCAAUAAGAAGCUCUUCAGACGGUCUCUCCUCCAGGUUCAUAUCUCGGAUCAGAACCUGGUUUGUUUUUAUAAAAUCUGCUAUAUUAGUAUGUUUUAUAUGGACCUAACGUGUUUUAGUUUAUUUACUUUGUACAGUUUGCUUUUUUGUAAUAAAAUCAAUUUAACUUUG